AUGGAUGGUGGUGGCGGGGGGUGGGAGAUAAUGAUUUUGGCAAUAGUUUGCCUCAUCGCGGGAAUCACGACCGGGGUUCCGGAAGUAGAAUCGAAAAAAUUACUUCAUUUUGGAAAAUUCGGUGGAAGAGGAAAAUGGGGUCACGGAAGAUUACCGCCACCCCCACCCCCACCGCCUCAUCAUAAUUGGAGACCACCAAAAUGGCAUCAUCACGGAUAA